AUGUCGCGUCGUGUAACUAGACCGCGCCAACGCCUUCGUCCUCAGGUCGCUCCGGAACCCACGCCGGCACCGGAACCGGCACCGGCUCCUGAGCCGGACCAGCAGCCACCUUCCGAUGACGAGAAAUCGAAUGACUGGCGUCCAUCGCGACCGGCUUCUCCGCCUCAGAGGCAGGAUGACAUCUCUGAAGGUUCGGAGGCCACAGCGCGCCCGGUGAGACCGGAACCGACAAGCCGCUAUGCGAAUCUUAACUAUUGGAAAGCGAGAAGGGUCACAUUUUACAGAAAUGGAGAUCCUUUCCAUCCUGGCGUCGAGUUUCGAUUCAAACUGGGUAGAGAUUUAGUUUCCAUGGAUGCGUUACUCGAUAGAUUAUCUGAAAGGCUGGAACUACCCAGAGGAGCAAGAUUUAUCUUCGGGAUGGAUGGCGACAGAAAGUAUAGACUCGAAGAAUUAGAGGACGGAGCGUCAUACGUCGUUUCUUCGUACAAAACUUUUAAGGCUGCUAGUUACGGAAAGAAAAACGGGAUGUGGUACGGCGGGACGGCAACCGGGACAAGCGGGUGGUCCCGCGCUGGUACUCGCAAGCAGUCGGUCGCCGAGUCCGACGCUCCCCCUCCUGGGGGUGGCAAGUCUACCAGUGGGAGAGUGAUUCGAAUUAUAAAUAACAUGGAUCAUUCUAUACAGUGUCGUGUUUUGUUAAAUCUACGCACGACGCAACCAUUUGAAGAGGUCCUAGAAGAUUUAGGGCAAGUUUUAAAAAUGAGUGGAGCGAAGAGAAUGUACACAAUUACCGGACAAGAGGUGCGAAGUUUUUCUCAGUUACGAAACGAAUUUGCCGAUGUUGAGACAUUUUAUUUAGGCACAGCGAUGGUUCCGCCAGCGUUGAGUCCAGGGAUUAGCGCUCCACUGCCAAUAGAAUCACCAAUACGGAGAUCUCGUUCAAGAGCAAAUGUAGCAGCAAUACCAGUUUCCGACGAUACUCGCGGGCGGCGAGCGAGGAGCAAGAGUCGCCCGAGGGUCUUAUACGCCCCAGAGGGGGAAAUUAUACGCAACUCAGACUACACACUUUUAGAAGUACUGAAAGAGGAGCCCAUCAGGGUGACGAUUCGUGGGCUGCGACGUACGUUCUACCCGCCCAUUCACCACGCGCCUAUCGACAACACUCCACCAGAAAAGAAGAUGCAGCUUGAAUGGGUAUAUGGUUAUCGCGGAACCGAUUCUCGACGUAAUUUGUGGGUGUUACCAACUGGGGAGCUAUUGUACUAUGUCGCAGCUGUGGCAGUCAUGUAUGACCGAGACGAAGAGUCUCAGAGACACUAUACUGGUCACACAGAAGAUAUACAAUGCAUGGAGCUGCACCCGUCGCGCGAGCUGGUGGCGAGCGGGCAGCGCGCGGGGCGCGGGCGGCGCGCGCAGGCGCACGUGCGCAUCUGGAGCACCGACACGCUGCAGACGCUGCACGUGUUCGGCAUGGCGGAGUUCGAGGCCGGCGUGGCGGCCGUCGCCUUCUCGCAGCUGAACGGCGGCAGCUACGUGUUGGCAGUGGACGCUGGCCGUGAAAGUAUUUUAUCGGUUUGGCAGUGGCAAUGGGGACAUUUACUUGGCAAAGUUGCGACACUACAAGAGGAAUUAACCGGCGCCGCCUUUCAUCCUCUCGACGACAAUUUGUUGAUUACACACGGCAAAGGUCACCUUGCGUUUUGGAAUCGACGGAAAGACGGAUUUUUCGAAAGAACUGACAUUAUAAAACCGCCUGCGCGCACACAAGUUACGGCCUUACAAUUUGAACAAGACGGUGACGUAGUUACUGCUGACAGUGACGGAUUUAUAACCAUAUAUAGCGUUGAUAGCGAUGGAGCGUACUUCGUUCGAAUGGAGUUCGAGGCACAUAUAAAAGGAAUCAGUUCUUUAGUAAUGCUAUCUGAAGGUACUUUGAUAUCGGGCGGAGAAAAGGACAGAAAAAUUGCAGCUUGGGAUUCUUUACAAAAUUAUAAAAGAAUUACGGAAACUAAGUUACCUGAAUCUGCUGGUGGUAUUCGCAGUAUUUAUCCCCAACGACCAGGAAGAAAUGACGGUAAUUUGUACAUAGGUACUACGAAAAAUAAUAUUAUGGAAGGGUCUUUGCAAAGGCGAUUCAAUCAAGUAAUAUUCGGUCAUCAUAAGCAUUUGAUGGGAGUAGCUGUUCAUCCUGACGAUGAAAUGUUUGCAACUGCUGGUCACGAUAAAAACAUAGCUCUUUGGAAAGCUCAUAAAUUGAUAUUUGCGACACAGGUCGGAUACGAAUGCGUGUCUUUGGCGUGGCACCCAGGAGGGGGCGCCCUCGCCGCCGGCAGCACCGAGGGCCACUUGGUGAUACUGAACGCGGAGGCGGGCGCCCACGUCGCUACACUGCGAGUAUGUGGCUCGCCUCUGAACUGCUUGCAAUACAAUUCAGCUGGUGACCUUCUUGCGAUUGGUUCACAAAACGGAAGCAUAUACUUAUUUAGAGUGUCACGCGAUGGCUUUUCUUAUAAAAAGUCGAAUAAAAUACGAGGGGCCCAACCAUUGGUCCAGUUGGAUUGGAGUCUGGACGGAAACUAUUUACAAACUGUUACUGCUGAUUAUGAUCUGUCAUUCUGGGACAUAAAAGCUUUAUCGCCAGAGAAAAGUCCAAUAGCGAUGAAAGAUGUUAAGUGGUUUACUUAUAAUGCAACAGUUGGAUUCUUAGUGUCGGGGAUGUGGAAUAAUCGCUUUUAUCCCAUGACGUCAUUGAUAACCGCCGCUAGUCGUUCUUCAGCUCACGACCUUCUGAUAAGUGGCGACUCUGAUGGACACUUACGUCUUUUUAGGUAUCCAUGUGCUAGUCCAAAGGCUGAGUACAACGAAGUGAAAGUAUACUCCGGCUCGGUUUAUGCUGCAAGAUUCCUCUUCAAUGAUCGCUGUCUGGUCACUUCUGGAGGUUCUGACGCUGCUCUGAUGUUGUGGGAAUUGGUGGAUGAUUAG